UCAACCGUCAGGCGUCAACUGCCAAGAUAAACUGAAGUCGGUUUGUAUGCACUGAAAUUGUUCGAAGAAAAGUGGGAGAGAGUGAAAGUGUGACGAUGAUACCAAAAUCACUGCAGGUGUUGGGCACAAGUGCUACAAUAAUCUUUGGUGGAUUUGUCACCCUCAAUUUCGCUUCAACGAUUACACUAGGUGCGCUUCGUGCUGUCACUGAAGCGAAACGGAAAAAGGUCGCGGCGCCUUGUGGGUCUUGUAAAGGGAAAGGAUUUUAUAAAUGUAAGUUAUGCAAAGGAAAUGCAACUAUAAAGUGGUCGCCUUUGUAUGACCCUAUUUUUAUCAACCCUUGUCUUUGUCCUACAUGUGAUGGUAACAGGGUGCAGCGCUGUCUGAACUGUCUGGGGAAGGGCUUCUAUUGA